AUGUCGGCGCGUCUGGCUGCCUGCGAAGCCUGUAGAAAGGCUAAAUUGGCUUGUGACCAUAAGCAGCCUGACCACGCCUUUCAAGCGGAGAAGAGUCGAGAAGCAGAAGUCGGUUCUAUACUUGCCCUGGACUUGUAUUUCAAAUUGGCUAACGCUUUUGUUAGCAGCAUCGGUUCACCAGAUGAACCACCGUCAUUCAAUCCAAGACGCAAUCCAUACCCAAACCCAGGGUAUCUAGGGUCGUCUAGCCAUGCAGCUAUAUUCAAGCACAUCACUCCGGAAGGAGACCAUGGCCUCGGUAGUCACCAAGCAGCACCAGAAGCUCUCCACUCAGACUUAUUCGGAGACAAUCAUCUGGUCCUACAAGGCGCAGACAUCCUCAAGCAUCUAUUGACAACAUACAAGCUGUCAGCUAUGAAAGACCUCGUCAUGUUCUGGCUAGCGAAAGGCGCCAAUCUAGCCCUAGCGGAGCCAUUUGUUAAUGAAUGCGCCCAAAGUGUGUCCCAACUGUUCUCCUACAACGAUGACAACUGGCAUCUCGUCUACGCAAGAUGUCUCAUGCAGAACUCAGCCCAGCCACUGCAGUUCAACGAUACCACCGACCUGGCCGACUUCUCGGCUCAGUUCUUGGACCACAAUGCUCGCUGGGAGACGUUGGGGAUAUUCUUUGCUGCUGUCACUCGAGCAACGAUUGACAUCGCUUUCUUCCCGUCGUUAUACACCACCGAGCAAGAACAAUACACACUCCGCAGACUGUGCACGAAACUUUGUGACUUCGCAUUGGAGAUCUCUCUUUCCCUCGAUUGUCUCAAUGAUCUCCAACUAAUCAUGCAAUACGAGAACUUCAUCGUCCACUCCUACGUAGACGGAGAUCAAAGCUACCAUUCCUGGCGCAAACUAGGUGACGCAAUAUCCUCCACCUUCGCCCUAGGCUACCACGAGAACAUCGAAACAAAACCCAACAUCCCGCCCUUCCUCCAAGAACUCCGCAAAACCGCCUUCGCCCGCAUCUACUCCGCAGACAAAAACAUAGCAAUAUUCCUCGGCCGCCCACCGCGAAUGAACAAGCGCUUCUGCCACUUUCAGAUCCCAUCCUGCCACAACGCGCCGCACUCCAGAGCCUGGUCCUCAGACGCCCAGGCCGGGUACCGGGCCGACACGCGGUGGUCUGCGCUGUGCGCCUCGCUGAAAGAGGAGAUCUGGGAACUUCUUCAAGAUAAACAUGAUCCACAAUGUGCGUCGCGAGCAAGUGCAAUCCAGCGCCAAGCAGAAACACAAUGGCAACGCCUGCCACCGCAUUUCCGUCUCGAGAGUAGUCUGAAGGAAUGCACGCAGGGACCGUUCGAGCGAGAUUUCGUUGCUGGCGUCCGACUCCACCACUUGCACGUACUCUUCCUGAUUCGUCUUCUACUUCUCAAGUCGCCGACUGAGCCGGAUGCGCCGAUCAUCGAGACGGCGGGUCAGAUGCUUACGCUCGUUGUGGAGAUUAUUCUGCUACGGGAUCAGCUCACCAAUUCUGGGACCGGGCUUAUCUGGAAGGUCGCAUAUUACGGCCUACCAGCAGCAGGAAUCCUGCUCCUAGCAAUGCUAAAACAACACAUGCCACGAAUGCAGCGAACGCGCUCAUUACAGGAUCUCAGUGUUUUCGUCGCAGAGGUGCAGAUCGGGACGAUAGUGAGAGCCGGGGAUCCGAAUUAUGCGUUGCUAUCCAAGGCUACGCGGACUAUACAGCGGUUUCUGGACUCGACUCAUUCGGACACGGCGCAGCCUGUUGCUGAGGUGGCGGGACAGGAGGGAACUGACGAGUGGGCGACGUUGUUGAGUUUGGAUUUAUGGGAUUUCGAGGCUGGGUUUUGGCAGAGUUUGGCGGAUCAUCCGUCUUUGCUGGCUAUUGAGCCUUCUUUACCUCCUCUUUAG